AUGCACGAGUACAAAUGGUAUCUGCUGAACAUUGCGAUCUCAAUCUUCAACUUUGAUGUUACCGUGGGUGUUCUACUUCGUCCGAUCUCUCUUUUCCCUCUAUACGGCGCUUUCGAUAUCGGUCUUCUGAAUUGGUUUAUCUUGACUUUCAACUAUGGCGAUAAUCGAGACGUGAUCGAAGCUCUUUAUCGGCCGGCUUUGGCGUUAAUGCUUGGCAUCUUGAACAACACCACAUUGUCGCUAGUGAAUGGCUUUCUUUAUAGAUGGAUCGCACUACGGCCCAGUCUUUGGCUUCACAACGAGAAGCGUUACAUGUACAUGGCUUUUUUCCUAGUUGCUUAUGUUGGGAUUGCCGUUUGGGCGUUGCUCGGUAUUUUCUCGGCUCUCAAAUCAAACAUUGAGUCUUUCAGCGCUCAAACGAUAAAACUCCAUCGGCAGCUAACUCUAGCCUUAAUGGUUCAAGCCUCCGUUCCGUUCGCAAUGUUCAUUUUCCCAAUGGGCGCCGCUUUAGUGAUGCUCUUCACCGGACUGCAAAAUGUGCCUGUGUUCUACACUUUUCUGCUCAUCACCGUGUGCUCGCAUUCAAACUUCAAUGUGGUGUUGAUGUUAAGUUUGACUUCUUGCUACAGAGAAACACUGAGAGACGCUUUUUAUCAUUUAGCGGAGAAAGUGACUGGCGGGAAGUUCAAAAUCACCAAAGUCAAAGAGAUUUCCGUGCAACCGAGUGGAUCAGAGUAU